AAAGAAGAAAUUUUCUUGCAAAGAACCGUGCAUUUUGCUCGUCUCUAAGUCUUGACCUCUCCUUUCUAACCUCUCCUGUUUUAUCGAAGACUUUUUCUCCAUCUUCUGUCUUGUUUGUCUCGGACUUUAUUAAUUGCUUUCUAUUUUCAUUUCUUGGAUUCCAAAUCUUUAUAAAAGAAUAUGUUUACAACAACAGGGGAACAACAACCUUCUUUUCUUGGCCGAAUCAGCAUCCGUCGAAAUACCGUUAUGGACGUUGCCAAUGAGCAAGAAAUGGGAGAACUCGAACUUUUCCAAAAACAUGUCUCUGAUCGCUUCGCGGAUUUAUUGUCUCCGCCGGAGGAAAUUGCCGCCAUUGAACCUCUGCUUUCUAUUACUUGGUUAAGAAAACUUGUUGAUGUUUUCUUAUGUUGCGAAGCAGAAUUCAAGGCUGUUCUUGUAAUGGGUCAUGAUCCAUCUCAAGUUUGCAAGCCGCCAUUAGAUCGAUUAAUUCCUGAGCUUUUUGAUAGAGCCGUUAAAGCUCUUGAUAUUUGUCAUGCAGUUUCUAAUGGAGUUGAUUCUAUUCGACAAUGCCAUAAGUUAGCAGAAAUUGUAGUCUCUGCUUUGGAGCAUAAGCCAAUGGCGGAUGGAGAAGUGAAAAGAGCAAGAAAGGCGUUAAGUUCGUUAUUAACUGCAAUUGAUGAGAAUACGCAUUGUAAAGGACCGGACAGAAGUUGGUCGUUUGGAAAGAGAGGAAAUACAAAUACAAAAGAAAGAACCCGUGGAAAUUAUCGAUCUUUAUCAAUAGUCAUCGCUAAAAAUUGGUCUGCUUCGAAACAAAUUCAAGCAAUGUCUUCAAAUCUUGUACCGCCAAGGGGUGCUGAGCCAACAGGACUUGCAUCCACCAUUUAUGUAAUGAGCUCUAUUAUGGUAUUUGUUAUGUGGGCUUUAGUGGCGGCUGUGCCAUGCCAAGAAAGGAGUGGGUUGGCGACGAAUAUUCAGAUUCCGCGACAAUUGGGGUGGGCUCAGAGCAUAAUUGGCUUGCAAGAGAAAAUUGGAGAGGAAUGGAAGAAAAAGGAGAAGAAAGGGUCAGCUGGGUUACUUGAGGAAAUGCAGAGGAUGGAGAAAUUAGCACAGAGUUUGAUUGAAUUUGCUAAUGGGUUUCAGUUUCCGGGAGAAACAGAGAAGAUGGAAGAGGUGGAACCGCAGGUGGCGGAACUGGCGGAGAUUUGCGGGAAAAUGGAAGUGGGAUUGUCACCUUUGCAAAUGCAGAUUAGAGAGCUUUUUCAUAGGAUUGUGAGAAGCAGAGCAGAGAUUCUUGAAUUGGUGGAACAUGCUAUUAAAAUUUCUCAACCUACAACAUAAUUUGUUAAAAUUAUUGAUCUAAAUUUUGCGUAAAAUAGGUUUUUUAAAUAUAAUUUUUUAUUCUGCUUUUAAGUUCUUGAUGAGUGUAUGAUCAUUUACAUGUUAUAAACCUAAAAUGUGAAAUUUUCUUUUCACUUAUAUCUGAGUUAAUUUCUUAUCUUGCUCAGCAAAUUCCGAUUUUACCAGACUUUUUUACUGCUAUUAAAUUUUUACUGGGCCCACAAUUUACAAACCGGGCCCACGAAUUAACUUCGUUAAUCAAAACGAUGACCUCUCACAGCGUUUCAGCCGCGACAAGGCAAUAACCAAUAAGCCCCUCAUCCUCUCCAGUCAUCUGGUUGUUGUUCUUUGCUUCAGUCUUCGUCUCGGAGGAAAUCAGGAUAGAGAACUCUUGAGAUAGACAGAGAUGGUUAUUCCACCCCCAGUUAAGUGGCCUCCUAGAGUUACAGAAUAUCUGAAACCCUAUGUUUUGAAGAUGCAUUUCACAAACAAGUAUGUGAGUGCCCAAGUUAUCCACUCACCAACUGCAACAGUUGCAUGCUCUGCAAGCUCACAAGAAAAGGCCCUGAGAUCAAGCAUGGAAAACACUCGAGAUGUAGCCGCUGCUGCUAAAAUUGGGAAAAUAUUGGCGGAGCGACUGCUGGUCAAGGACAUUCCUGCUGUUUCUGUCUUCCUCAAGAGAGAACAGAAAUAUCAUGGGAAAGUUAAAGCUGUCGUUGAUGCUGUUAGAGAUUCUGGUGUCAAGCUUCUUUAAAUUGGGUCAAAGAUAGUGUUGUUGCCUUGGAGUUUUGCUCUGUAAGAUGUUCACUUAAGAAGAUCAAUGUUCAAAAUACAUUGUGUUUUUUAUGUUGUUCUAUUGUGAUUGAGGUUCUAUAAUGGCACUUUUGACAUUUUGAUUGCGA